CAUCCAUGCAGCUCAUACCAUUCAUACACAAAACCGCUCAAGACGAUCACGCGGUACAUGGUAGCCAGCCAAUAGCGCUAUGAAGCGGUAGACCAGGGCCAAUAAUCACCGCAUCAAAGCUCAAUGUUGGGCGACUUCGGUGGCUGCAGCAUGGUAAGACCUCUUUCUUGGGUGGUGGCUUGGCCUAGCUUUGACCAUUGUUUCACGCCUUGGAUUUCUUGAGGUGGUGAAGCCAGCGAUGCGAGGCUGAUGCCGAUGUUGCGAUCCGUGAGGAAUCCGGAUAAAAUAAUCAGGCGCAUCUUCGGCGCUUGUUCAAGCCAACUGUCAUUGUUGAGCAUCGUGGCCUCUAGACCAGCUAGCGUAGUAGUGAUAACAACAAUAAUAGAAUUUGUAGAUUUCAAUACCUCUCAGGCCGAAGAAAAGGCGAAGCACCACAGGCACAGUCGCAGCAUGCCUUGUACACAACUAUACACCAUCUCUUUCGCAAACAAGCCAUAUAUUACGUGUCUGGCUUGGCUUUUCUCAGCAGAUCGUUCUUGGUAUAACGGCCAAGCUGCGCAUCACGCUCCAGCUGGAGCGAUAAGAAGGAUCUGACAUGACGGGAUGGUGCAAUGCAACACAACACUCAUGGCAUAUGCAUGCACGUCGAGCAGAUUCCGAAAGCCUGGUAGAUGAGCGAUCAGCCCAC